UAUAUCUUUGUAGUCAUUACCGAUAGACUCCAAGCAGCGGAAACACUGCAUUGCUGAAUAUAUUUUGAAUAAAAAGAGCGUAUUCUAAAAUAUGAGUAUGCAUAUUUUCAUGGAUUUUUCCCGAAUGAUUCUCGAUAUAGAGAUAGUGUGAGCUCGUCGUGACAUACCCUGUAUAAAAACCGAGACAGCUGAUGGAUAGCACGCCAAUUGUUAGUAAUUCGUAUUGUCAGCUGUUGUCAAUCACACUUUGAAGUGGUUUCGAAGUGAAGUUGAAAGUUGGAAAUUGCAAGAUUUUGCUAGCUAUAGCGUCAUCGAGUAGUUCUCAUACUAAAGUAUCUAGUGCUCGAUAUUGUUUCAUUUGAAAUUAGUCAAAAAUCGUCCAAAAUGUCUCUACUACCCUACUUGUUGAACGAUGCCUACUUCAGUAGACCAUCCAGGAUGAUGGAUCAACACUUUGGACUCGUCCUGGAACCAGAAGACCUCUUGCAGCCUCAAGUCUUACCCAGGAUGCUUCUCCGAUGUCCUGCUGGAUACAUUCGUAACUGGACACCUGCUGCCUCUGAGAAAGACAGUGGUUCCACUGUCACCUAUGGCAAUGACAGAUUUCUUGCAAACCUUGAUGUGCAGCAGUUCAAACCCGAAGAAAUAACUGUGAAAGUUACUGGAGAAAAUGACAUCACCAUCGAGGGAAAGCACGAAGAGAAAGAGGAUGAACACGGGUAUAUUUACAGGCAUUUCGUGAGAAGAUACAAGGUUCCAAAGAACUAUGACAUGAGUAGAAUAGAGUCGAAGUUGUCUUCUGAUGGAGUUUUGUCGGUGAGUGCCCCACGACUUGAUGGAACUGCAGUGGAAUACAAGAAUAUUCCUGUAACCCAGACUGGAGAACCAGCAAUGGCUGUAGACAGGAAGAGUGAUGGGGAUAAGAAAUAAUUCAUUAGAAUCCAG